GAAAUUUUUGUAUUAAAGUCAUGUGUUUAUAUGUAAAAAAGCAAAAAAAAGUAUUAGUGCAUUAGUUUAGUUGCAUUUAGUUAGCAUCAAUAUGAAACCUCUCUCUAAGCUCUUAAACAAGCUUUGUGGGAAAAUGAUAAUGCUAUUAGCAUCCCUUCUAAUAGAGCUUAUCAUUCUCAUUCAGAAGCUAAGGGAAUCACGUCCCAUCAGCACCCGCCAAUACAUCAAACUCAUCGAGAAGAAGAACCCCACAAUUUGCUACACCAAAAGAUUUAACUUGAAGGCAGAGCACGCUACAGAGUGCAGGGUAUGCUUGUCCGAAUUCGAGCAAGGGGAGAAGCUGAGGAAGCUCAAAUGCCAACACACGUUUCAUAGGGAUUGUUUGGACAAGUGGUUGCAACAGUACUGGGCUACGUGCCCACUUUGUCGGAAACAGGUGUUGCCUGAUGAUGUUGUGUUCAAGCACCGUCAGCAUCAGAAUCAACCAGAGGCUGCUUCUAAUGGGAAUCAUGACAAUCUUCUCUAUCUUUUUUCAGCAUUUCGUGGUGGCAACACUUAAUUUGCACAGAUAACUCUCUCUCUCUCUCUGAAUUACCCAAUGUCUUCAACAUAUUUAUAGUAGUACUAUAUAGUUAAAACAAAACCACCUAAUUAUUUUUUCUUUUUAGAAAAGGGUUUAAUUUGUUAUUCUUCCCCUGCCAGGAUUCUACGGAGGAAUAUUAAUAUUGAAGUACACCCUAUAGAUAUAGAUAUUAUUAAAGCAUCGAUGCUACCUUUUUUGUAUUUCACUCUUCUUCUGCUUAUUAUUUGGAUUAAGGUUUGACUGAUCUAGAAAUUCAUAUUCAUAUGUCUGUGUAAGUGGACAUUUUAAUUUUGGGGUUAGAAACAUCCGGCAAUUGUGAUGGAGGAAACCCAACUUCCUACUGACGGUAGAGUUGGUUGGUCAAAUGAGGUAGUGGAGUCUCUCAGACACAUAUUAUU